AGUCCUCUCACAUUUAUAUUCAAACUUAAUAAUAAAACUCCUUCAACUCUCCAAUGACUGAACCCACCCCCAUCUCAUCAAUCCCACCGGAAACCGUCACCGGCGCCGAUGACUCCUUACCGCCUGACCCGCUCUUACAAUCCGGUACCUACAUCGACGCCCACUCAACACCAAACAAAGACGCAGCGCUAGACGAUCGACACGUGUCCGACCUGCCUCCGGCGCCGACGGGGGAGACUACGCCGGAGAUGACGGCGGAGGAGACUGUUACGCCGGUAAAGAAGCAGAGUAGAUCGACGGAGGUGAAUGUGGAGAGACCGAGUUGGUUACCGGAGAGCUGGAAAGUUGAAACGAGAGUUCGUACAUCUGGUGCUACUGCUGGAACUGUUGAUAGAUACUAUUACGAGCCAGUGUCCGGGCGUAAGUUCCGGUCAAAGAAUGAGGUGCACUAUUUCCUGGAAACGGGUGGCAAGCGCAAGAAGGGAAACACUAGCGGUGAUGCUACAACACCAUCUGAGACCACCCCCAAUAGCAAAAAACCGAAGAAGAGUGCCUCGAAAACAAAGAAAAUUACUUCGUUUUACUUCGACUCUGCGAAUCCGCCACAGAGCAUGUGCUGGAUUCAGACGGAUAGUUAUGCAGAUACCUGGGCAGCUUCUUGUAAUGGCAGUAUGGUUCCUGAAACCCGAAAACAAGAAUGGGCUGCUGUGUUCUCAACUGUAUCGCACCUACGGCGAAGGAAAGUGUAAAAAAUUUAGCUAGGGAGAUAGGUGGCUCGAACUCGCACUAACCAGUCAACGAACCUUUCUCCAUAUUUAUCUAGACUAGAUAGUGUGUCAAAUCUCAUCUGAAUUGGCUUACUUCUUUUGGUUUUAGCACAGGACCUUAUAGUUGUCUUGUUGAUAGCUUCUUAUUUUGUCAAAGCAAUAGGCAAACGUUGCUCCACCUAAAUUCUGAUUAUGAUGUAGUAGUAGUAUGGUCUGUUCUGGGUUCAUGGAUUGCCAUUGAACUGUUAUUUUGAAAUUAAUUAGUUUCAAGACCUCCUUUAUGAAGUA